AUGGCUUGUCUGUUUCAAGUUGCAACCCGCCAUGAAACCCUGACAGCCGAUAAGCAAAGCUUGGCACCCUCCACUUUCUUGUGGCUGCACCUCCUUAGUGGAUCACCCGCCAAACCCGAACCACCUAAUCUCCGAGACCUUUCAGAGCUCCUUCUCAAAAGGUCUUUUUUCUUUGAACCACCUUCUCUUCGGACGGUUUCGUCAGAUAUAAACCCAUCUCUUUCUUUCCAGCCUUAUGUUCAACCCAUCUCCCCGCGAUGA